ACGAUGGCCAACGACCCAGGGACGCCGGAGACAACCCUUUGAUUCCACCAACUUCAUGUCCACUUACAACGAAAUGGUUAUGACCACGGUGCUACGAGAGUGAUGAACGGCACCGCCGUCACCGCUUCAUACCUAUUAGUAUCCCAUCUGACCCUGUUUGAACAACAAUGUCAGCGAUCGCAGUACCAAGACCAGAACCUGAUGACCCAGUCACUCUGAUCAACUGCGUCUACGCCAUCUCUGGAACGUAUGGACUACUCCCGCGACUGCUCUACUAUGUGACCCUUGCGUUUGCCAUCUUCGGCCGCAGCCGCGAAUGGCUCAUUAUCGGUGCGCUGGUCAGCGCAUUGACGUAUGCUGGAGGCGCGGCCAUUCACAUGAUGGCUCUGGUCACAAGCAAGAGUGGCGUGUACGAUUUGGACAUUGCCGCGGCUUGGGCGGUGCUGAGCACUGGCGCAUUGGGAUACAUCGGCAUGAUACAUUGGAGCUCCACUCUUCGCAACUCGAAUGCCAGAGUCAUAAUGAUAUGCUGGGGGGUUCUCGUGGGAAUCUCGCUGAUCUUCGGUCGCGCCGUCCUGUUCGACACGCCUCCAUCCGCUCCUGAGCCGGCCUGCUACUCUUCACUUGGUCAAUUGCUCGAAUAUCCUAUUCAACUGGCUAGUCGAGAGUUCAAUUGCACUUAUCAGUGCUUCUCCAUCUCCAAGCCGAUGCGACAUAUGUCUGAGACAAUCGCCAUUCCCGAACAGGUACUUGAAAACAGGUACUCGGGCCUGUUGGUUGCGCUGGUCGGGCCAAUUCAGUUCGCUGCCUAUGCCGGCCUCAGUCUCGAUGGGGUCGAGCACAGUCCCUCACAGUUGUGCCAACGUGCCGUCAUGAAACACCUCAUCCAUCCGGGACAUAAAGAGGAGUUCACCAAAAUUGUCUACAAGGCAUCAGUCGAGAGCUGGUACGGGGGUUACUUUGCCGUCCUCAGCUUCAUCCGUCGCUCCAAGUGGACUCCUGCCAAGGUUGUGAUCGUCUCGAUCUCCCUCCCUUGGUUAUUUAUCGGUUUGUUGAUUGAUAUUUUGUGUAUACCACUGAUGUUGGCCAACAUUGUCAUCAACGAGCUAGUUCUACAGACUGGUGGUUGGCCAGUCAACGAAUCGAACAAUAAUGCUGGCCAGUGGCUGCCUAUAGUCAACUCAGCACUGGUUCUUGUCGCCGCAUGUGUCAGCAAAUUCCUAGAACUAAGGGCGAGGUCAAAAAAUGCCAAGGUGUUGACCGCAGAAGAUUCCAAAGGUCAAACGACGACCUUGACGGCACACGACCUUGAGCUCGGUAUGGCAGAAGGGGAAGGUCAGGUAACCGGGGUGGUCAAGCCCGAAUUAGUCCAUGUUCCAACCUUACAGGAUAUGGAUUCUUUGAGAACGCACAAGACAUGAAUCGAUCAGUCGACCAAUUAUGAUAGAUAUGGAUGUUCAGAUCAUCGCCUCUUUUGCAUGGAGGCACUCGGGUCGUUGAAGUCAUGAUGUACACACCGCAGCGGAGGCUACAGUCGAAAUCGGUGCUGUGUACAUUCUUUAUGAGUCACAAGUAGCAAUUUCCAGGUUUAGUGGUGGAUUGCCUUCUUGCUAACAAGGCUGGAGGAUGUCUAUCUCAUCUGGCGGAUGUGUCCUAGUGCAUUAGCCGACAUCGUAGUCUAUAUCCUCUGAAAGGACAAAAAGGACAGACAGGCACAGAGGGUAGAGAAGACUCUACGAUAUCCUAGGAAAGACAUCCAAAUGACUGGAUUAGAAGCAAGCAACGAAGCGUCGCGGGCAAGUUUCAUUGUUCACCCGAGAAUAUUCUCUUAUUG